AUGAAGGGGUUUACCAUAUUCAAAGAAGCAACAAAGACAGAACAUCGACCACAAAAUUCUAGCGAUAUAAAAGAACCAGAGACAAAAUCCACCAGUAAAGUUCAACGGCAAAAGUUUACCAGUGAAAGUCCUCCGGAGAAGCUACCAAUGAAAUUUCACCAGAAACAGUCUACCAAUGAAAAUUUACCAGUAAAAGUUCACAAACGUAAGUCCACAAAUGAAAGUUCACUAAGGGAAGUGCAACAAGGAAAAUUCAACGAUAAGACUCCAGCGAAGGGAAAAUUCAACUGCGAAAGUUCGCAACGUUCAUCAGCGAAAGUCCAUCAGAGAAAGCCCAACAAAGAAAAUCCACAAACAAAAGUCCGACAACGAAAGUUCAACAAUGAAAUUCAACCGGCGAAAGUUAAAUGA